AUGGACCUACAGGUAAGGAAAGGUUUCUUCUAAGCAGACGAAGUCUUCAAUUUUUGGACUUGGCUGGAGAACUGUGUCUUCCUUCAGUUUCCUUAUAAACUAACCACCUUUCUGUCUUUACAGCCUGUGGGUAGACUUAUUCCAGGGCUUUUAACAGCUUUAAAUUUCAUCUAUGACAUGGCUACAAAUAUGAAGGCCAACAAAGAGCGCUUUCAAGAAAUCGCCCGAAAAGUUGAAUAUCUGGAGGGCUUGGUUCUUAGAUUCCAAGCUAACGGUCUUGAUCGGAAAUCACACUCUGUGAAGAAUGCUCUGGAAGAUCUCAGCAGAACUCUGGAGAACAUCAAAAGGUGGAUGAUAAAAUAUUCCAAUUACAGCGGUAUAAAGAAAUUAGUGAGGUCUGGAAAAUAUGAGGAAAAGAUUGGCGGAAUUGACAGACAACUGCAAGACCACUUUAUGUUCCUAUCAGGUGAUGUUCUGGCCACACUGUCCGCAAUGGGAAACGAGCUGGACAGGGUGCAACAAAGGAUAUCAACUCUGUUUGAUGUCAGUGGUCCUUCCCUUCCCGUUGUUGUUGUUCAGACAGGACCAUUGUUUGACCCCAGAUCCUAUGCAACACCUCCAUUAAAUAAUUCAAUUUUCCCCAUACACGAUGUCACACCGAACAUCAGCGACCUGGACCAAUUUAACCCAUUCCACAUCAGCAACCCGGACCAAUUUAACCCAUUCCACAUCGGCGACCUGGACCAAUUUAACCCAUUCCACAUCAGCAACCCGGACCAAUUUAACCCAUUCCACAUCGGCGACCUGGACCAAUUUAACCCAUUCCACAUCAGCAACCCGGACCAAUUUAACCCAUUCCACAUCAGCAACCUGGACCAAUUUAACCCAUUCCAAUACUUUUACCAUUAA